AGCCAUGGCGACUCUGAGCAUGAAGCCAGGCCAGAGGUUCACAUUCCCUGACUGGCGCAUGAACCGUGAGCUCCUUGUGAGCAAUGCUGAGCGCCAGCGCAUUGCUUCUCACCAGAUCCGACAAGAGGCCCGGGCUCUUCGUAAUGAAACGAACAACCAGACAAUAUGGGAUGAGCACGACAACCGCACACGCCUCAAUGAAAGGAUUGACUGUGUCAACCGACUGAAGGAAAUGUUGGACAAAUGCCUGACAAACAUUGACAUAGAAAUCAAUGCUUUAACCCAGACAGGCGCUAUAGAGCUCCGCGAGGCGCCGGCUCAUUUCAAGCAGCUGGGUAGAGCAAAAGCUCCCUUCCCCUUUGUGGAUCGAAGCGGGGGAACUGCAAAACCACAGGUGGUUCGGCCGACGGCCCUAAGUGGGUCUUCUCCUCAAGAGGAGGCCCCCAAAGGGUCCAGCAACGUCCACCCAGGUACGGCGGGCUGUGGAUGA